AUGCCCCACGCGGUACGUACUUGCCCAUCUUCAGGAUCAUUCACCAAUAAUACAUUCGCACCACGCCUUCGGGUAGCUACCGACCGCCUCUGUGGCAGAAAAUAUAAACGUAGAGAGGGGGCGGUGGAGGGAGAGGAGGUGAAGAAGUGUUCAUACUGUGUUUGCACUCAGGGUAAAACGACAGAUGGCCGUUGGGAAUCAUUCCCUAUGAAGGUAUUCCUCCUCUCUUGA